AUAACGUGAUAUUACUGACAAAGUCUCGACUGUGGAUUUUCAAUAUUAGACGUCGUCUGUAUUUGUAUAACGGUUUGGACUUGGUCAUUUCUAUUUGUUACAUGUAGAACAUUCGGUGACUUUGUUGUUUACUGACGUCUUGAAGGAUCAAAUAUGUCUGUCUCAGCGUUUGCAGUCAUAUUGCUUAGUGCAAUAAAUGUCAUUUCGGCCAGAGUUAUUCAAGAGAGUCUGGACAUCCCUAAGGCAUAUCCCCCAAUGAAUGGAAUUAAUAAAGUCUACUACAUCUCUAAGGCUAAAUUUGUCAGUUACACCGAAGCCAGCAAGUGGUGCUCUCAGAACGGAGGAGGCUACCCAGCAGAGAUCGAUACAGCCGAAGAGCUUGGAUUAAUUGAAAAGUACGCGUCUUCUACUAACUUGCGCAGAAUCUUUAUCGCUGGCACUGAUGCCAAGAAAGACGGCGUAUUUUUUAGUCAACGAACUGGAGCAUUCAUACAUAUUUUCAAUUGGGUUAACAGAGAGCCCAAUAAUUAUGGCGGAGUAGAAGACUGUCUAGAGUUAAACGGUAGUAAAGAAGGCAGGGUGAAUGAUACGCCAUGCAACAGAGCGUCAAUCUCCCACAAUGUUCUCUGCGAGUUUGAUGUAGUUCAGGAAGAGAUCCCAGAGAUCCCAGAGAUCCUAGAGAUCCCAGAGAUCCUAGAGAUCGCACAAUAGAAUGAUGCAAAUAAAAACAAAUAAAUUCUAAGAUAUAA